AAUAAAGAGUGUGGAGUUGAACUCGUGCCAUUGUAGUGACUCAUCUCGGGCAGAGCGCAGGGGCUCGGAGAGAGACAGCGAGCGGCGCUCGGCAGGGACAGAGCGAGAGAGCGCGCAAGAAAGAGGGGGAGACAGAGGGGAGGGCGAAGCGAGGCGAGACGCGUGAGACUGGCCGGUCCCAGAGCAGGCACCGGGUGCAGGUCACUGCGACGCGGAGCCACGUCCCUCUCAGCACCGCUCAGCCUGGAACCCCACGGGCGCUGUCCCACCGGCGCGAUCGGGGCCGCUGGACCGGCGCUCAUCGCCUUGUCCUAAGUGUCCGAGUCGCCGGGAAACUCAGUCGGCGAGUUGGCCACAGGAAGUUUAUUCUUGGGCUCCUUUUCUAAAAGGAGGAAACAGAAGUUUCUCCCAACCGGCAGCUUUUCUUUUUCGCCCUUUUGGCGCCCUGGGAGAUCGGAGAGGGAGUCCCCCAGAGCUGCCAAGCGACACCCGCAGAGCUCCUAGUCUUUUUGCGUUGCCCAUUUUUCUCCAACCCGUAGGUCCCGGCAGAGCUCGGGCUGCGCGCGGGGGCGGAAGGGCGCGCGCAGGGGAGGGACCGAGGGACGCGCCGACUUUUUAGAGGGAGGGACCCGGUGGACAACCGGUUCCGCGGAGCUUGCAGAGCAGAAACGAAGUGCGGUGCGCGGCGAUCGGGGGGUCAUUUCCCGAGUGUCGCUGCCUCCUGUCUGCCUGGGUUGGGGGGACAGCCCGGGAGCGAAAAGCCCAGUCCGCGGCCGGGCCGGUGGACCAGCGAGCGCGCAGCAAACUGUGCGCGGCCGCGGCGAGGGCGGGGAAGAAAACCACCCUGUUUCCUCUCCGGCCCCCACCGCGGAUCAUGUACCAGGAUUAUCCCGGGAACUUUGACACCUCGUCCCGGGGCAGCAGUGGCUCUCCUGCGCACGCCGAGUCCUACUCCAGCGGUGGCGGCGGCCAGCAGAAGUUCCGGGUAGAUAUGCCUGGCUCGGGCAGUGCCUUCAUCCCCACAAUCAACGCCAUCACCACCAGCCAGGACCUGCAGUGGAUGGUACAGCCCACAGUGAUUACCUCCAUGUCCAACCCCUAUCCGCGCUCGCACCCCUACAGCCCCCUGCCAGGCUUGGCUUCAGUCCCUGGGCACAUGGCUCUCCCCAGACCAGGAGUGAUCAAGACCAUUGGUACCACCGUGGGCCGCAGAAGGAGAGAUGAGCAGCUGUCUCCGGAAGAGGAGGAGAAGCGUCGAAUCCGGAGGGAGAGAAACAAGCUGGCCGCCGCCAAGUGUCGGAACCGUCGACGUGAGCUGACGGAGAAGCUGCAGGCGGAGACAGAGGAGCUGGAGGAGGAGAAGUCCGGUCUGCAGAAAGAAAUCGCUGAGCUGCAGAAGGAGAAGGAGAAGCUGGAGUUCAUGCUGGUGGCUCACGGCCCUGUGUGCAAAAUCAGUCCUGAGGAACGCCGAUCUCCCCCCACCUCCGGGCUACAGUCCUUACGCGGUACGGGCAGUGCUGUCGGCCCUGUGGUGGUGAAGCAGGAGCCUCCUGAAGAGGACAGCCCCUCUUCCUCAGCAGGGAUGGACAAGACCCAGCGCUCUGUCAUCAAGCCCAUUAGCAUUGCUGGGGGUGGUUUCUACGGGGAAGAGCCUCUGCACACCCCCAUCGUGGUGACCUCCACACCUGCCAUCACUCCGGGCACCUCAAACCUUGUCUUCACCUACCCCAGUGUCCUGGAGCAGGAGUCGCCUGCGUCGCCCUCUGAGUCCUGUUCCAAGGCUCACCGCAGAAGCAGUAGCAGUGGGGACCAGUCAUCAGACUCCUUGAACUCCCCUACACUGCUGGCCCUGUAACCCCGUGCUCCUCUGGCCAGCUCUGGAGGAGUCCACAUUCAUCACUGCCCUUCCCAGGGACCAGCACCUUUAAGCACUCCGGGGCAAUGAGGGCAAAAGGGGUCCCUGGCUCUGGGGACCCACCCGAUGGGACUUAGUGGUGAGACACUGGUUGUUCUCUUAGAAGCCCUGGGACACCCCUCUCCCUCAUGCAUCUUGCAAGCAAAUCCUCUUUCUUGAAAAGCCGCAGAGAACUUGGUUUGUGGACUCAGACUUGUCUCCCGCUUCUGAAGCCCCCCGAGCUGGCCCGGAUGGCUCCUGUCCCCUUGUUAUUCGUUGUCUCUGGAGUGACAGUGUCCUUUCCUGCCCCGCCAAGCAUGCUCAGUGCCUUUUGGUUUCCCUUCCUUCCCCUAGUAUCAGUUUCUGCUCCCUCUGGGUUUUUAUGAGAUUUGCCAUGACAUUUCAUCUGGGUGGCCCAGAUAUUAAAGCGCUUUUAUUUCUGGA